AUGGCUUUAGCAAGGGAGCUUGACCCCGGUACAACACCUAAAAUACUCUGUCCCUUCCAGAAUUUGCCUUUCGAUAUUCAUUAUCAGAUUGCCGUUUACUUGGAAUACGCGGACAUUCUCAAACUCUCAGCCACCAAUCACUUCCUCCACGACCACCUCAACGUCCAAACCCUCUUACCGAAACACCAACGGAAUCAGUACCUCUACAAGACGGAGCGUUACGGCUAUCGCUACGGGCACCGCGGGUUUGGAGGGCGAUGGCCGUGCUACGAAUGCGGUCGUAUCCUAGAGAAGAAUUGCUUCGGCGACCGAAUGCGGAGGUAUGAAAAGUCGUGGUUCCGGAAGUCGUUGAUGAUGAGGCGGUGCUGGGAUUGUGCUGUUCGUGAGAAGUGGUAUGGGCACUUGCAGCCGAUCAAGAAGGGAGGAGAAGUGUUUUAUCUUUGCUGGCGAUGUGGGGAAUUGUGGAAUGAGAUGGAGGAGGAGAGGUGCCGGAAGGUGGAUGUUUGGAUCAAGGUUGAUGAUGUACAUGGGGAGAAGGAUCCGGGGCGGAAGUGUAAGGUAACAGUGUGCAAUGGCCAAAUGUGA